CCUAACUGGAGAGGUAGACGGGUAUGUUUAGUGAAUGAUUCGCAGGAACUCUUGUAAUUUUAUGAUUGUACACAAAUAAUGGAAAUCGUGUUUAAAAGUAAAAUAAUCUGGAUUAAAAUAAUAAAUGGCAAUUAUUAGGACCAUUUUAAAUUAAGGAUUAAAUAAGUACAUCUAAGAUACGGACCGUUCAAAUAGGAGAAAGCUUUAUUCCACACAAAAACGCAGUUAAGAGUUUAUCCUGUCACAAAAGUCCGUGAAUUAAUCUAUGAUGGCCUCCAAUGCAACAGCGGGACACUCAAAGAAACGUGACGUCCUUGACCUUGAUUCCUAUAUUGAGGAAUUCUUUAGGACGCAGAGGUUCGACAAAACAAAAGACGAAGAAUCCAAAGAAAUCAGACGCUUGCGACCGGACCAAAUCGAGGUUGACCUCGGAUUUAAAAAAGUCAUUCGAGAGGAUGUUACCAAACCUGGACUAGAGGAUAGUGACUUAACGGAUGACGGUCCGCAAGAGGCUCCUGUGCUUCUUUAUAAAACUGAAUUCAGGAAUUCUACAACAGGCGAACAGGAGUAUAACAUAAGUGCCCAAAGGACUACAACCUCUGAAUGCCAGGUCGUUGUUGAGAAAGGCCACACAAUCGGAGGAGAAGUAGGAAUUACACUAAAACUCGGGGACAUCGUUGAAGCAGGAGCUGGGAUUAACAAAGAGAUAUCCGUCAAUAAAGAGGUCGGGGAAACGAUUCAGAAUGAAAUGCAUUGGGGUAUUGACACUAAAAUCACGGUACCAAAGAAUAAACGUGUCAUAGCUGAGGUGAACGUACGCGAGAAACAACUGACAGCGACAUAUGAUAUUACUUCCACGUUAAAGGGACAAGUAGUGGCGAAAUUUCUUAACACUAAGGACAACAAUGCCAUGAUUGUGUGCUUCCGUGAAAGCAUUCAUAAGAUAAUUGAAUGGGCAAAGAAAAAAUACUCAUCUGCUAUGAAACACGUUACUGUUGACUCUACUAGCAAGACAGUGUCGCUAGCUUCCAGUGUUACAUGCAAAUUCAGGUACUCUGUUCAGCAGCACGUUGUCAUAACAGAACACGGAAUUGAGGAAGAAUGAAAA